GUGUAAAUCAUAUAAAGUGCAAAUAAAAAGUGGCAUUUUCUUGUGAUAAGUGUACAUUUUUAAGAGGGUGGAGAUUUUAGCUUGCCUUUUUCUCCUUAGGUUUUAUAAAUUUAUCACUAAAGGGGUUUGGUAAUAAACUACAGAAGUGUUAGGUGGCUGUGCAAAUGAAAGCAUAGGUUAAAAAAAGUAACAUGGUAAAAGCAGGAAAUGGGAAAGCCUCCUUUUACUGACAGCUAAGUGUGGGUUGUCCCAAAGUAUCCUGGCAACCGUACAACCAAGCAAACCACUUGCUUGAAGAAUUUAAGAGUAGUAAGACUUUUGACAAUAGAGAAAACAAUCUGUCAGCUACUAUAAAGUACAAAGUAAUCAUUAAACAUUAAUGCUGUCCUAUCUGUUCACAUGAGGUAAAGAUACCCUAUCUCCCAAAGAAUACUUAAUUUCCUUGUUUAGAAUUCAAGGAAAACAAGAGUGAGCUUAUCUUAGAACUGCUCUCCGGUAUAACUUACAUCUGUCAUAGAUCAAGACAUUUCUUUGAAAGCCCAGAGUGUCUUUACCCCAGUCCUUUAAUUUGGUUGAGAAGAGAUAAUACAAGGGAAAUAGGAAAAAAAAAGAUGGCAAUGCAAUUUAAAGUACAAAAGAAUCAUUGUAGUUAUGAGAAGAGUCAAGUUAACCUGCUAGUUGAGGUAAUGGCUGUCUCAUCCUUAACUGACAAUUUGUGAUUGAAAUUGCUAAAGGGAUCAUAAGAAAUGACAAUUUUCUCUAAAUCUUAACCACUGCCAUGAGGAUUCAGUGGAUAAGUGGUCUGGGGAGGAGGAGGACUUUUCUGCUCCCAGUAUUUUUUUUUAAAUAGAGAUUUACAGUAGCUUUUCAUGGAGAAUUUUUUAUGGAAUACAGGAAAGGGAUCUAUUUGACACCUAUCCUUAUAUAUUGUCAGUUUUUCUUAAACUGUCUAGUUUCUCAUCUGUUGCUUUUUUUAUUUUGUGUACUGUAAGUUCCCAAGCAACUCAAAUUUGCAAACACAACUAUGGAUACACUAUUUGCUUUACAGUAGUUACCUGGAAAUCUAGGUCUUUAUUUUUUUUGUUAUUUUCUCCUCUCUCCACUUAAUUAUAUAUAACUAGCAACAUUUAUGGGUAUAGUUUGAUUUACAAGUUCUUAAGUUUGUGGCGGAAGAUUUGUAGCCUCUAAUCUGAGGCAAGGGAAGAAUGAGUGGUCAGAAACUGGUCACUCUGAAUGUGGGAGGGAAGAUAUUCACAACAAGAUUUUCUACCAUAAAGCAGUUUCCUACCUCUCGGCUAACACGAAUGUUAGAUGGCAGAGACCAAGAAUUUAAGAUGGAUGGUGGCCAGAUUUUUGUCGACAGAGAUGGUGUUUUAUUUAGUUUCAUCUUAGAUUUUUUGAGAACUCAACAGCUUAUAUUACCCACUGAUUUUUCAGACUAUCUUAGGCUUCAGAGAGAGGCUCUUUUCUAUGAACUUGAUCCUCUGGUUGAUCUCUUAAACCAAGAACUCCUGCUACAGCCAAGACCUGCUCUUGUGCAGGUGUAUUUCCUAAGCCGAAACACUCAAGCUUUUUUCAGGGUGUUUGGCUCUUGCAGCAAAACAAUUGAGAUGUUAACUGGGAGGAUUACAGUGUUUAUAGAGCAACCUUCAGCACCAACCUGGAGUAGUAACUGCUGCCCUCCUCAGAUGACCUUACUUCCACUGCCUCCACAAAGACCUUCUUACCACGACCUGGUUUUCCAGUGUGGCUCGGACAGCGUUACUGAUAACCAAACUGGAGUCAGGUAUGUUUCUAUAAAACCUGAUAGUCGAAAAUUGGCCAAUGGAACUAAUGUUCUCGGCUUACUCAUUGACACUUUAUUAAUGGAAGGCUUCCAUCUGGUUGGUAAUAGAACAGUAUCCUCUGAAGACAAAACUGAAUGCUAUAGUUUUGAAAGGAUAAAAAGGCCCGAAGCUCUCGCCAUGAACAAAACUGUGAAACCGGAGGCUGCCAUCAUGCCAGGGCAAUCUCAGAAAAAGAAAUGAGUUUUUUGUUCUUUUUUAGAGUAAAGGGAAAUUGCCAUUUUCUUGUCUCUUGCCAUGCCAUCUCUGGGCAACCACACCUCAACAAUGUUUAAGCCACUCUAACUGCUUGCUGCUUUCUGAACAACACUGUGCACUUGGUGCUUUGCCACAUAUUCCUUCUACCUUCAAUGCCUCUUUCCAUUUCUCUUUUUCAUGAACAUUUAUAUGGCUUUCAAGAACGGAUUCUGUAAUCAUGCUGAUUGAUUUCUAAUCCCAGCUUAAUCACUUACUAGCUAGAUGACUUGGGCAAGUCAUUUAACCUUUUUGUGCCUCAACUUCUUCAUCUAUCAAAUGGGGAUAAAAAAAUAUAUAUAUUUUAUAGUAUAUAUGAGAAUUAAAGGAGAUAAUAUACUCAACACAUUUCCUGGUAUAUGGUAAGCACUCAGUAACUAAUAGUGAUGAUGAUGAUGAUGAAGAUGGCUCCCUUUCCUCUGUAUGGACUUACAUGCCAUUAUAAAAACAAUUUUUUCUCACUUGAAUAUGAGCUUCAUCUACUCAAUAGUGUUAACAUUACUAUGUGUAAAGUACUGUCCUAAAUAUUUAGUGAGAAGAAUAAUAUAUGUUACUAAUUAGCAUCUACAUUUGAUCAAGACCUUUAUGAAUAACUUCGACUAACAUUUAAAUCAGCGGUUCUCAACCUGUGGGUCGCGAACCCUUUGGCGGUCUAACGACCCUUUCACAGGGGUCGCCUAAGACCAUCCUGCAUAUCAGAUAUUUACAUUAUGAUUCAUAACAGUAGCAACAUUACAGUUAUGAAGUAGCAACGAAAAUAAUUUUAUGGUUGGGUCACAACAUGAGGAACUGUAUUUAAAGGGCCAGAAGGUUGAGAACUGAUUUAAAUACACAUAUACUUUGACUUAGUGAUUCCUCUUGUAGGAAUUCUUACAUAUGUGUCAUUUUAAAUAGGAAAAACAUUUAGAAGAGGAAUCAUUAAGUCAAAGAGCACCAAGUACUUUGUACAUAGUAGGAUUAAAAAACCAUAGAGUGGAAGCAGUUGAGCACCAUUUUAAAAAGUAUAAUUAACUCAUUCAAAAACAUCUGUUAAACAUUUGUUGGACACUAUACUAAGUUUUCAGGAUUAAAAAAAUGAGUAAGAAAGAAAUUAUUAUUCUCAAGGAGAUCACAUUCAACUGAUAAUCAUCAUAACAGCAAAAGAUUAGAAAUACACUCAAAGUUCAUCAAUAGGGAAUGGGUAAAUUAUGGUUCAUACAAUGAAAUUCUAUGCAACUCUUAAAAAGAAUAGGGCAGCAGUUCAUAAACUGAUAAGGAAGGAUUGUCAAAUAUUUAUAAGGGGAAAAUGUGCAGAACAAUGUAUAAUGUUGAAAAAGAUAUAUUUCCACUUUAUAGUUUCCAUUUGUGAAAAAAUAUACUCGUUUUCUUAUAUAUCCAUGAAAUUGUCAGCAAAGAUCCAGGUCACCUGUGGAGAGGGAACUGGGUGAGUGGGGUUUAGGCAUGGGAGAAAGGCUUUUUUUUUCACCAGACCAUGUAAAAGUAUUAGCUAUUUUAAAAAAAGGAAGAGCCAUACCUGAAAGACAGUAUGCAGAGUAAGGGGGACUCUUAUGGCAUAUUAUGGCCCAUUAACUUCCAUUGACACAAAUUUUACCAUCCUUCCUGUGAAACUCCUCCACUUAGUAAAAAAAAAAAAAUGUAUUCCAGACAUUUCUAGUAAUUACUUACAGAUUUGUGUACUAGGUUGUAGGGAAGAAAUAAUUUUUUAAAAAAAUUUCCCAACAGUAUCUGAAAAGAUUAUGUCUAUUAUAAAAGUGCAAAAUACUUUAAGACUAGUAAUGUUAAGGUUAGCAACUGAAAACAAUGACCCAAAUAAGAAAAAAAGCUUUAUGAACCAAGUGUUUUGAUUUUGGUGGCAUUCUCUUUUCUGCAGAAAAGCCAACUUAGUUGUUUUAGUGCGUCAUCUUAGUUUUGGGGAUGAUGUGUUUGGUCUGGUUCCCUUGCUAGCAUCAUAUUCUAGGGCACAAUAUUUCUAUUCUGUUAAGUUUUUGGCAUGUAUAUGAUUUAACUAGUUGAGUAUAGUUGAAAUGGUUAUAUAUGUAACACUAUUUAAUUCUCUAUAGUGUUUUGCUAGUAAGAUUAUUAAAAACUGAUAACUGGUUAAAAUACUGAAACAAAAAAUAUUGUAACAGGAAAUAUUUAAACUGUAUUAAUAAGUUUGUCAUUCACAUUUGCAGAAAACUAGUUUGAUGAGAAAUGUUCUUAUUAAUGCACUAAUAGAAACAUAUUACCUGUGGAAACAUAUAAUAUACAUAACAUUUAUUAAUUCAUUCAAUAAAUAUUUAUUGGCUUCUGC